AUGUCUCAAUCGAUAGCAGUAUUAGCAAUAGCCUUUGUUCUCGGCUCUGGCGGGUCCACUUUCAUUUGUAACACUCACAUAAUUCCAGUGAAAAACCAAGAGGGCGUGGCUAUGAUGUUCAUCAUUAAUUUUGAAUAUGUGACAGAUGAGGAAAACGCUGGCUCCCCAGAGAGGGUAAACCCAAUAUUACCAGUCAAAACUGUAAACCGGAAACUUUUUGGGUUCAAAUUCCCUGGUCUGAGAGUUCUCACUUACAGAAAGCAGUCCUUACCACAAGAAGACCCGGAUGUGGUAGUAAUUGACUCAUCUAAACACAGCGAUGAUUCAGUAGCCAUGAAGCACUUCAAGUCUCCUACAAAAGAGAGCUGCAGCCCUUCUGAAGCAGAUGAUACAAAAGCCUUGAUACAGCCCAGCAAAUGUUCCCCUUUGGUGAAUAUAUCGGGACCUCUUGACCAUUCCUCUCCCAAAAGGCAAUGGGACCGACUGUACCCUGACAUGCUGCAGUCAAGUUCCCAGCUGACUCAUUCCAGAUCGAAGGAAAGCAUUUGUAGUAUACGGAGGGCUUCUUCGGUUCAUGAUAUAGAAGGAUUCAGUGUCCACCCCAAGAACAUAUUUAGAGACCGACAUGCCAGUGAAGGACGGGUCUGCGGACUCAACGAGCUUUCCCCGAGGCUCGGAGAUUCAGAGUACCUGUUGAAUGGAUAUAUCAGUCCCACUUUUCUAAAUCCCGCAGUUCAGGUUCCUGAGCGCCCCAUUGUUCUGUGGAGCUCUAUAUCAGUAAAAGUUGCAUUACCCAUUAUACAAGAAACUCUGGAGCAUUUCCUGACUCUUCAAAAGCAACACACAGUAAGUUCACCUCAAGGUGUACCUAGUCAGUGUAUUUAUCCUCGACAAGGGAACCAGGAGCCCUGGAACCUUGCUAAAUUGUCUACACGGGAAAGAAAUGUGGGAAUUGACCAGGGUCGGAAAAUGGGUACUAACUUCCAGCUGCAAGAUGAAUCAGUUCUGGGGAUCUAA